GUGUCGCGUUACUGCGGACUGCAGCAGCUAUCAGAGCCGCAGCCGGAGCCGCAGCCAGUGCCUCUCAAUGGGACCGACUAGCGGAGCACACACACACCAGACCCUACUUACACGCGGGAGGGGGAGUGCGCUUUGGAUACUUAGUUCUUGGACUGCCUGAGAGUGAAAAACUGGAGGAAGACAGUUGGUGGUGGAACUAUUGACAAUGCAAUCACCGCUAUAGAUUUCCCAGGGAAGAGUGGGCCUUGCUGGACACAACCCAGAUGAAGCUGUUCAGAGAUGGUAUGCUGGAGAAUAUCAGUCAGCUGGUGACUGUGGGCAGGGAAAAUGACCAUAAAAAGAAAGAAAUUAUAACCAUGCAAUAUAUCUGCAAGAAGGUGACAUCUACCAUCCAGUCAAAGCAGCAGAUUCCUUACACUGGAGAGGAUCACUUUGAAAAUAAUGAUUUGGGAGAUUUCAUUCAUGCCACAUUGACUUACAAGGGAAAGAAACCCUAUGAGGACAAACAAUUUCAAAAAAAUUUCAAUUACCAUUCAUUCAUUAGUCAACAUAAGCAAAUUCAUACUGGACAUAAGUCAUAUGACUGUCAUCUACAUGGAAACAACUUCAGAAGUAAUUCUGUCCUUAGAGAACAUGAGAAAAUGCACACUGGAGAAAAGUCAUAUGGCUAUCAUCUAUGAGGGAAAGACUCCAUUGAUGGUUCUAUCUGAAGACAACAUGAGAGAACUCACACUGGGGAGAAACAAUAUGUCUGUCAUGUAUGUGGGAAAGACUUCACUCACAGUUCUACAUUCAGAUGACAUGAGAGAACACACACUGGAGAGAAACCAUAUGUCUGCGAUCUAUGUGGGAAAUCCUUCAGUCAAUGUGGUACCCUUAGGGAGAAUGAGAGAGCUCACACUUUGGAGAAACCAUUUGUCUCUGAUAUUUGUGGAAAAUCCUUCAGUCAACUUAUUCACCUUACACAACAAGAGUAGAACUCACAAUGGGGAGAAUACAUAUGUCUUUCAUGUAUGUGGGAAAGACUUCAUAGUUCUACAUUCAGAUGACAUGUGAGAACACACACUGGAGAGAAACUGUAUGUCUACCAUCUAUGUGGGAAAUCCUUCAGUCAACAUGCUCAUCUUAGGCAACAUGAGAGAACUCACACAGGGGAGAAACCACAUGUCUGUCAUCUAUGUGGGAAAUCCUUCAGUCAACAUGCUCAUCUUAGGUAACAUGAGAGAACUUACACUGUGUUGAAACCAUAUGUCUGCCAUCUAUGUGGGGAACACUUCACUAAUAGUUCUAUCCUCAGACAGCAUGAAAGAACUCACAUUGGAGAGAAACUCAAUGUGGGUCAUGUAUGUGGGACAUCCUUCAGUCAACAUAAUCACCUUAGGCAACAUGAGAGAGCUCACACUGGAGAGAAACCAUAUGUCUGCCUUCUAAGUGGAAAAUCGUCAGUCAAUCUGGUAAACUUA